UUAGGGAUCAAACUCAUCAUCAACUCAUUCUUGCAAUAACAAAAUGCAAUUCCCUUGUUUUCUCACUCUAAUCUUUUUCUUUCUCUUCUUCCAUGUCUUUCCCUUUCUCUCUAGAGGUGUUGUUCCUCCUUCACAAACCUUCAACUAUGUUAAUGAUGGCGAAUUCGGGCCCUACAUUGUCGAGUACGAUGCGAAUUAUCGAGUCUUGCCUAUUGCUAGAUCGCCAUUCCAAAUGUGUUUCUAUAAUACUACGCCCGGCGAGUAUACUUUGGCUUUGCGAAUGGGCACGACGCGAUCUGAGUCAUUGUUUCGUUGGGUGUGGGAAGCGAAUCGAGGCAAUCCGGUGGGGGAGAAUGCGACAUUCUCACUUGGUACAAAUGGCAACUUAGUGUUGGCAAGAAAUGAUGGUGGCAUUGCUUGGCAAUCUAACACGGCCAAUAAAGGUGUCGUAGGAUUGCAAGUAUUGUCGAAUGGUAACAUUGUCCUUUAUGAUUCUAAAGGAAAAUAUAUUUGGCAAAGUUUUGAUUCACCUACUGAUACUAUAUUAGUUGGUCAAUCUCUUCGUUUAAAAGGCCCGAAUAAGCUCAUAAGUCGACUCUCCGAUCAAGAAAACAAGAAUGGGCCUUAUAGUUUAGUGUUAGAGCCCAAAAGAUUUGCUAUGUAUUACAUAGGCAAAAAUUCUUCAAAGCCUAUGUUGUAUUUCGACUCAACAGAUUUUCUUUUUUUGGGAUCAAGUCAAACUAUAGAUUUCUUGACAUUCAAUAGUGAGCCCGAGACAGAUGAUGCAUUUGCUUAUGAGCUCACAUUUGUGACUCAAAAUAGUGGAAAUCGAAUCUUGUCUCGACCCAAGUACAAUAGUACAUUAACUUAUUUGCGAGUUGGAGUUGAUGGGGGCUUGAGAGCUUACACAUUCUAUGAUAAAGUGGAUUAUCAAGCUUGGGAAAUGACUUUCACUCUUUUUCCUAGAGAUUCGGGUGAAGAAUGCGGAUUACCGGCAAGAUGUGGGCAAUUUGGACUUUGCGAGGAUAGCCAAUGCGUCGUGUGCCCAUCUCCGAAUGGACUUUUGGGUUGGAACAAAAAAUGCGCACCUCCUAAGCCGACAUCUUGCAAAGCGAGUGAUGUUACAUACUAUAAAAUAGAUGGAGUCGAUCAUUUUACAAGUAAGUAUACUAAAGGGAUCGGACCAAUAAAAGAAGAUGAUUGUCGGAGAAGAUGUACAUCGGAUUGCAAGUGCUCGGGGUUCUUCUUUAAACAAGUCGAGUCAAGGUGUUGGAUCGUGUAUGAUUUGAUGACUCUUUCCAAAGUCGAAAACUCGACACACUUGGGCUAUAUUAAGACCUCUAAAAUAUAAGAGAGAUUAGACCAUUAAUGUUGUGUGAUAAAACAAAUAAGAAGCUUUUGAUUUCAGUUUUGAUUCUUAGAAGUUUUAAGAAUAAUAAUAAUAAGAUGAGUGAUUUAUUUUA